AUGGGAAGGAGUUGGCCAGGCCCAUCGUUCUGUCAGUGGAGGCGGCUGCCUGCUCCCGAGGCAGGCUGCACGGUGGCGGCCAAGGCUGGCAGGCUAGACUCCAGCGCCGGGCGUUGCCCGCUUCUCGCAGCCGAGAAUUCCUUUGGACAGUUAAUGAUGUUUAUCAUUGUGCUCCGUUUCUACAGAUAAAUGAUGGGUGGAUUAUUUUCUCGAUGGAGGACAAAACCUUCAACUAUAGAAGUUCUGGAAAGUAUAGAUAAGGAAAUUCAAGCAUUGGAAGAAUUUAGUGAAAAAAAUCAGAGAUUACAGAAAUUAUGGGUUGGAAGAUUAAUUCUCUAUUCCUCAGUACUUUACCUGUUUACAUGCUUAAUUGUAUACUUGUGGUAUCUUCCUGAUGAAUUUACAGCACGACUUGCCAUGACAGUACCAGUUUUUGCUUUUCCAUUGAUCAUCUGGAGCAUAAGAACAGUGCUUAUUUUCUUCUUUUCCAAGAGAACAGAAAGAAAUAAUGAAGCAUUGGAUGAUUUAAAAUCUCAGAAGAAAAAAAUACUUGAAGAAGUCAUGGAAAAAGAAACUUAUAAGACAGCUAAAUUAAUUCUUGAAAGGUUUGAUCCAGACUCAAAGAAAGCAAAGGAGCAUGAGCCGCCAUCUGCUGGAGCAGCUGUAAUUGCAAGACCUGGACAAGAGAUUCGUCAGCGAACUGCAGCUCAAAGAAACCUUUCCCCAGCACCAGCAACUGCUAACCAGGGCCCUCCUCCACAAGUUCCAGUGUCUCCUGGACCACCAAAGGACACUUCUGCCCCUGGUGGACCCCCAGAAAGAACUGUUACUCCAGCUUUACUAUCAAAUGUGCUACCAAGACGUCUUGGAUCCCCUGCUACUUCGGUGCCUGGAAUGGGUCUUCAUCCUCCAGGUCCACCUUUAGCAAGACCCAUUCUCCCUCGAGAACGAGGUGCUCUGGAUAGAAUUGUUGAAUAUUUAGUUGGUGAUGGUCCACAGAACAGGUAUGCCCUUAUAUGUCAGCAGUGUUUUUCUCAUAAUGGCAUGGCUUUGAAAGAAGAAUUUGAAUACAUUGCCUUUCGGUGUGCCUACUGUUUUUUCUUGAAUCCGGCAAGAAAAACCAGGCCCCAGGCUCCAAGACUUCCAGAGUUCAGUUUCGAGAAGAGGCAGGCAGUGGAAGGCUCCAGUUCAGCUGGUACCUCACCAUCAGGAAGUGCGCUUCCAUCAGAAAACCAAUUCAGUGAAGAAUCUUUAGAAGAACAAGAUGUUCUUGAUAAUAGUACAGAGCAAAUUGAUGACAAAAUAUCAGCUACAGAGCAGACAAACCAAGUGAGUGAAAAAGCACCUGGCACAGAGGAACCAGAGGAAAAACCAGAAGGGACUGAGAAUGAGGAAACCUCAGUGAAUGAAGCCAAAUCAGCAGUUCCCAGUGUUGAUUCUCUUCCUGAUCCUGAACUAAGUGGAGAAUCAUUGAUGGCAAAGGAGUAAAUGCUUCCAUGUGCCUUCAACUGAAUAUUUGUAGUCUUGUUGAUGUCAGUUACUGCUUUUCAGGUGGUGGUUUCUUUUUUUUUUUUUUCCUCUAAGGAUAUGCUUGAUACCAUUCGAGUUUAGAUUGCCUAGCUACUUUAGUGUCAAAGCUGUAUCUACUGGGUAUUAAAAUUGAAAACAAGUGAUAUCAGCAAGGUAACAUCCUUUGUAGACAACUUUUAGAUAUCUUUUGUCUGUUCUAAAAGUAAACAAAUAUGAGGGCAUCCCUGUUUUCUGUAUGUAUGCCUGUAAAUAAUAUCCAUUUUGACAUAGGAAGCUCUUUGUUUAGGAAUAACUUCUCUAAUAGUGUUUGAUUUAAGGAAUGAAACUCAAUUAAGAUUUUGAACACCUCAUCAUUAAAAAAUGGAUAGAGUUUUAACCUGAGUUAUUUGCCAGGGGGGAAAAAGUGACUAUUUAGGCAUUUUCAUUAAGCGGUAUGAAAGUUGUAAGUGUAACUACAUAGGCAUUGGUACGAAUUUCGAGUAAGAAUGCAACUGAACAGUCAAGUGCAGUGUUUCUUUUUGAUGUUACUUAUUUUGCAGCUGGGCCAAGGCACAUGAUAUAUAUAAUUAGGGUAUGUUUACAUAUUAACAAAUAGGAAAUAUCUCUGCACUUGACUGUACUUGAAUUCUGAACAUUAUUUAUAUUUGUAAAAUGAUGAUAUAUAAGUGAAUAUUAUGCUCUUGUAUGUAUUUUGUUAAGGAAAAUAAAAAUGAUCUGGCUGCAGUUUAUUUUAUCUAGACCUUUUCAAACAGUAUCUUGGUGGAUGACUUGAAUUCCUGAAAAAUCUUAGUAGCGGAGCCCACAAUACAAUAAAUCUAUAGAUUCUGCUUAGAACAUAUUAUUAUGCUUAUAUUCAGAUUUGUUGUCUUUCAAAUUCAUAGAAGUAGUGCUAUUUAGACGUUCUAAUCAGAGGUUAAGUUUUGUUUUGUUUUUAAGUCAGGAACACUUUGGGCCAUUUGUAGCUUUUAACUUUGAGAGGCAAAUAUGUUUUGUGAGAAUAGGCAGUCAGUGGCUGGUAGUUCAUUUGAUUUAAUAUGUGUUCUAAGGAUCAAUUGGGAAAAAAUUUUGACCCAGAAUAGUAAUUUUUGGAUCUCAGAUACAGCGUGGUUAUCUUUUAGAGCUUCAUUUUAUCUCUCUUCUCCAUUAUUAAAAAAAAAAAAAUGAAAUCAAGUUAUGC